AUGAAGCACCCAUCACAUGAAGAACUUCAUGUAGGUCCAGAUAUUCCCGGUUUCUUACUCCAACCAUUCCGCAAACCAAAAAGAAUCAGGACUGCGUUCUCUCCAUCACAACUACUCAAGUUAGAGCACGCGUUUGAGAAGAAUCAUUACGUUGUUGGCGCGGAAAGAAAGCAAUUGGCACAAGCCCUAAGUUUGACUGAGACGCAGGUGAGAACUUCAUUAUAUGAAAUGAAACUU